AUGAGAAAGGAAUUGUUUGGACUGGUGCUGUCUUUAGUACUGCAAAUUACAUCAUCAGGUGGUCCGUUAUCUCCAGCACUGCUAUGCAAAACUUAUAUAAAAGAUGCCAACGUCAUCCUGCAUUCACUCGAAGAAGCUUUAACAUCAAGCCUCGAUACAUUCGCAGAGAACAUUUAUUACUAUGAAUUUGGACAUCCAUCACAAUCAGCUGAGACAUUCAUGACUGCUGUCACUCCAAUGUGGGCGCAAGCAAAUUCCUCAAUUUUAGAUAGUUUUACGGAAGCAAAAACUAAAGUUGCGACUCAUUUCGGACUUGCCUUUAAAGAUGUUAACAACCUUUUUAGUAAUCUGAAUAAUUUAAGUUUUCCAUUCAGUUGCAUUGAAUUUAUACUGAAGAAAAUGCGAGGAGCUUCAAAUGCAACAUUAAAUCAAACAGCAUUGACAUUGAAGAUAUUGAAGAACUUUCAUGCAUAA